AUGGCCACCGACGAGCUGGCAGACAAGCUGAGCCGCCGCUUGCAAGUGGAGGAGCACAAUGGCGAAGCCGAGCAGCAGCCGCAGCCGCCCGACCACCACCCGGAGGCCGAGACGGAGCCCGAGCCGCCGGCCUUGGACAGCGGCGCCGACGGCGAGCUGAGCGCCAAGUUGCAGCGGCGCACCGAGCUCAACGACCCCUCGCAGCUCUCGCCCGGCGGCGGCGCCCAGCACCGCGUCUUCAGCCCCUACACCGAGUUCCGCGAGUUCUCCCGGAGGCAGAUCAAGGACAUGGAGCGGCUCUUUCGACAGUACGACGCAGGAAAAGAUGGUUUCAUUGAUCUGAUGGAACUGAAGCUGAUGAUGGAGAAACUCGGGGCUCCCCAAACACACCUGGGGCUGAAAAACAUGAUUAAGGAGGUGGAUGAAGACUUUGACGGCAAACUCAGCUUCCGGGAGUUUCUUCUGAUCUUUCGCAAAGCUGCAGCAGGCGAGUUGGAGGAAGACAGUGGCCUGCACGCCUUAGCCCGCCUGUCGGAGAUCGACGUUUCAACGGAGGGUGUCAAAGGAGCCAAGAGCUUUUUCGAGGCCAAAGUGCAAGCCAUGAAUGUCACGAGCCGCUUCGAAGAGGAGAUCAAGGCGGAGCAGGAAGAGAAGCGACGGCAAGCGGAGGAGAUGAAGCAGAGGAAAGCAGCCUUCAAAGAACUGCAGUCGGCCUUCAAGCAGUGACAGGGCCAGCCCGAGCGUUGCUGGGAGGGACGUUUGUCCACGGCGAAAGCCGCCCUAGCAAAGUCCUCCAGCGAAACCGGGAACGAUGCAAAGUUGCCGGCGGUUGUGCAGUUCCCAUCUUUUGAGUUGCACCUUCAGCGGCUGCUUGAUCUGCAGGUGAUGAGGCUUACCUCCCUGCUGUGAAACAUUCCCAUUUUCUGCCGCUCAGGCAGCCGUUGAAGGCACAAGAGCAGGCCCAGUUAGGGGUUUCCCGGUCAGUUGGCAACCCUAGGUUGUGGUUUGUGUUUGGACCAAUGCGGAAAAGAAUUUGCAGUUGAAUCUGGAGUCGUUCAGGCCUCGGGCUGUGAAAACAACACCUCUCUUGUUUCUUCUUGACCUGUAAAUACCACAGGCAAACAUCCCAGAGGCUGCCGCUCCCAUCCACUUUCCUGUGGGCCAGUUCUGUGUCUUUUUCCUGUGAAUGGCGUGUCGUGUCUGUCUGGUGGGAGUUUCCUAACUCUUUGUAACUGCGUGGCGUGUCCUGAGCUCAGGCUUUGCACUUUCGACUUGUGAACCAUUUCAUCUCCCAGCCGGUUUGGUGAUCGCUGUGGUCGUUGGCUCACGGUCGAAGACCGGGGUUUGCGGGGAAGGCCUGAACGUACCCUUGCUCCGACAGCUGUGCUUGUGCAAAAGAAAAUAAGAAUGCAACUUUAGCGUGUGCAAUCCCUUCCAAUCAAAAAUGCUUUAAUUGAUCACGUUAAAGUCCCUUUGCUUGAAGUGUUGCCAAAAAACCAGGGGUGUGUUUGUUUGUUUGUUUGUUUGUUUGUGUGUGUGUGUGUGUGUGUGUGUGUUGGAAAGCAGGAAAUCUGCAGACUCUCCAGGGUGGCUCAGUUUGCAAUGCCAGCCUGCAGAAUUUGCCCUUUUCCUGAACAACACGAGAAAUGAAUUCAGCUCUCUGAAAUCCUCAUUUGUCUCUUCUUCUUUUUGCAAUACGGUACUCCAGCCAAAGAAAUCAUGCAUGGGUUAGGUGGAAGUGCACCCUAAAACGCAUGUCAUCAUGGAAAUAGCUCCCCCCAAAAUACAUCUUAUUAGAGCAAAAAUGCUUGGGGAAAUGGGUACAUCCAGCAAAAUUCUGUCAAAAUCAAAAUUCACAAAUCUGAAUACAGGUAGGUAGCUGUGUUGGUCUGCCGUAGUCAAAACAUAAUAAAAAAAU